CCCCGUUGACUGGUUGAAAUUAUUUUGACAAUUUUUUUGUCUUUUUUUUUUGGAAAUGCUUCUUGAACAUUGGGUUGUGGGGAGGUACGGAGGGGAACAUUGCGUGUGGCGCACUCUCUCUCUUGGGGUGAGGUUCUACGAUGCCACUCAAAUGCCCCAGAACUGAGUCUCUACUUUCGUCAAUCCUCUUUGGAUCAAACUUUCGGAGCAGAUGCAUCCGGAUGCACCAGCACACAUAGGUCUUCAUUCGUAAUUCAAUUAAAAAACAGGAGGGGAUAAGCAGUUCACCACUCUCCAGUAGCUUUCAGUUUUGUACUUUUGUGUGCGGCGCGGGCAGGAUCCGCCAAACUAUCGGGGCAGUGAGGGUAAAUCGAAAUAAAAAAAUCCCCCACCCCCCCCAAAAAAGGAUAAAUAAAAAAAAAACUCACUCAAAAGUCCCCACCACGAGUGAGAUAUUUUCUAAAGUGUGAAUGUAUCCCGUGAUUAUCUCAACUCCUCAACUGGAGUCGGUGGCAUCCCGACAAGCUCAUUACCCUCGAUGGCGUGCCUAAAAAUCGCCCCGUACCAUUAAAAACACCUGGAGACACCGAUGCACCUGGUGCCGACGUCCAUCCAACCACCAAAACAACUCUCCAGAGCCCCAGGGUGAGAAGAAUAAAGCGCAGCCUUAGCGACUCCUGGUGAUGCUCCUGAGAUCCCUCAUCCAGUGAAUUCUACUGACCAAAAAAAGAAGAGGAGAGAAAAAAAAUUCCGGAUUUUCUCGAAAGGAGGAACGCGUGGAUCUAUUGCCUCUUGUGCUUGCUCCAUGGCGAUUGUUCCCACUACCCCUGGAACGUUGUCUACGUCACAGCGUAAGGUGGCACUCAGGUGAAUGUGAUACAGAAAAAGAGAGUCAUUUAUUUUUCUUGUUUGUCCGGAGUUGUAGCAACUGUGAGGACAGUGGAAUAAUUUAUUGAAAAUUGAUAAAAAAAAAAAUAAGGAGAAACGAGGUGGAUUGUUGAAUGGUGUAGCUGACCGCGUCACCGCCCAUAUGUGAUGUGUCCAAGUGAAUGAGUAAUCAUGUACUGCCAGGACAAGGGCUCGGCGGCAUCCAAGAGCAAAGAGGGUGGUACUGUGACGAUGCGAGAGAAGAAGGGAGGUGCACUGAGCAGGGUACAAAAAUUGAAGAAACGACUCAGUCACAGCUUCGGGAGACUCUCGAUAUCGAAGGAGGAAGCUGAGGAUGUGGCGAACAGAGGUUCAUUGGCUUACAAUGGCUUCUCGGAAGAGUUCCUAGACCGUUUGGAGCGAAACGGUAACUUACCUGUGGACAAGGAUCGACGUUACGCCAAGUCGAUUACAUCAACAUCUAUAUCCCAUGUCGCAGAGUGGGGUGGUGUGGGUGAUCACGAGAGGGUCCACAGACAGCUGUCAGUAUCGAGUGACUCGAAAUUGCUGGAUGAGGAUAUCAGGGAAGAGGCCAGGGUAAUCCUGAGACCUCGUAAACCCCCAAGACCAAAAUCAGAGGUAUUCCUUGGGCCAGAUCCAGCACCGAGGAGAACCAAGAGAUUUUCAGCCUUCGGUGGUGAUUCACCAUUUGGUAAAUCCGAGGGAUACAUCAAAUUGGAGCAACUCGGUGAGGGUUCAUAUGCCACUGUGUUCAAGGGGUACAGCCAUUUGGCUGAACAGGUCGUUGCACUUAAGGAGAUCAGACUUCAGGAGGAGGAGGGCGCACCAUUUACUGCCAUACGUGAGGCCAGUCUACUCAAAGAGCUCAAACACAGUAACAUCGUCACACUCCACGAUAUCAUUCAUACACGUGAAACACUAACAUUUGUUUUUGAAUUUGUUCACACUGAUCUCUCGCAGUAUAUGGAGAGGUAUGGCAGUGGGGGUGGCGGACUCGAUCCAAGAAAUGUCAAAUUGUUCCUCUUCCAGCUGCUACGGGGACUCGCUUAUUGUCACCGCAGGAAAGUACUACAUCGUGAUGUAAAGCCCCAGAACCUCCUGAUUAGUGAAAUAGGUGAACUUAAACUCGCAGACUUUGGUUUAGCGAGGGCAAAAUCAGUGCCUUCACACACGUACUCCCACGAGGUCGUGACCCUGUGGUACAGGCCACCGGAUGUCCUCCUCGGCUCAACCGAGUACUCGACGUCACUCGAUAUGUGGGGCGUUGGUUGUAUAUUCGUUGAGAUGCUUACUGGUGUACCAACGUUUCCUGGUGUACGGUGUACCUACGAUCAAUUGGAUAAGAUAUUUAAAAUUCUGGGAACACCGACGGAGGAAACGUGGCCAGGGGUCACGCGAUUACAGGGAUACAAGCCACAUCGGUUGGCAUUUUAUCCUCUUAAGAAAUUAGGACUGUCAUUUCCCAGGCUGUAUGACGUGGCGGAGGGUGAUAGCAUGGCUUCGUCACUCCUGCAGCUCAAUCCUGAUGAUCGAAUAGACGCUGAGGAAGCGUUGAAACAUCCGUACUUUGCCUCACUUCCUAAGAAACUCUAUGAGUUGCCUGAUGAGGUCUCGAUAUUCACCGUCGAAGGGAUUUACCUAUUCACUGAGUCUCGACAAACAUACGCCGAUUCGCGUCAUACAGCACUCAAGACCUGAGGUCGAGCAUAAAAAUAAAGGGAACGAAAAUGAGCUGUUCUAAAUGAUUAAAACAUCACGUACAGACUCGACGAAUGAUCGGAUUUUCACAUUGUAAAUGGGUAUCCGUCUAGUUCUCACGAAGGUCGUACGAAUAUCAUUGACAUAUUUUUCAUUUAUCUCCUAUCCGGCUUAUUAAAGAAACAGAAAGAAAAAAUGCAAUUAAAUUGUCCGAUCUCCUCAUAUUUUGUAUUUGAAUAACUAUUCUCGUAGAGAAAACUAAAACGAUGGGUUACUUGUAAUAAUUAGGCCGAGUCAUUAAAUUCGUAGAGUCAUUUUGUAGUGGGAGAUGCGGACAGGUAAAUCAGGUUGAUUAUCAUUAAUAGUGGAGCAAAAAAAAAAAUGGUGAGAAAUGCAUUCGGAAGCUACGCACGCUGGAUUUAGAGCAAAA